CCCACCGCGCCUGCGAGUGACGGUGACCUCAGCGAGCCCUCCCGGAGCCUUGCGAUGCGUCCAUGCCCUUCGCCGCAAACGGCGUCGCGUCCUUUUCCCUUGUAGCCUCGGCUGACUAGCGCGCCUAGACGCUUCACGGCGAUUCACGCACAACUUACUCCACAGCUAAAGAGCCUCACGUCGAGGCACUUGCACCGGCCGCAAUGGCCCAGCCGACGCGUUUUUACGCCUCUUCCAGGCCACUGGACGUUUUCAAUGACGAUGCAUUCUUCGACAACGAAGCUCCCAUGACCAGCCACGCUCCCAUGCCAAAUCCCACCAAGCCCAUGCGCCGUCCCCUGGGCAAUUCAACUCCCAAUGUCAUUCUUGAACCAGCAGUCUCUCACAGCUCCAAAUUUUCACCUUACAAGGCCAAGACCCCGAGGGCGCCGCUGAAGCCGUCGCACGGCCUCAACAAAUUCAACGGCAUAUCCAUGGCUCCUCCUACAGACAAGACGCCAGUGACCGAUUCACUACAGAAGAAGCCCCAGUUGUCCAACUUUAAGACGGGUUUACAAAAGCCCCAGCUCACCGAUCCCAAUGCCUUUUUCGAGAAAGAAAACGUCCAUCCUCAAAUCUUCCCAGGACCGCCUACUAUCGACCUCUCUGUAGAGCAGUACUUCCAGAACCCCCCCGGGAAAAAGGGACUCAUGGAGGCCGCGCCCAUCAAGGAAUCUCGAGUCACAAAGAAACCCAAGGCUGAUGAGCAGUCGUCGCUACCACCUCACGACUCAUUCCCCCCCAUCACCGACGACGGCACGAAACCGCCUCACAGCUACGCUCAACUCAUUGGAAUGGCCAUUCUCCGCUCUUCAAAACGCCGCCUCACGCUUGCUCAGAUCUACAAAUGGAUCAGCGAUAACUACUCGUUUUACAACCCCAAUGACGCCGGAUGGCAGAAUAGCAUUCGACAUAACCUGAGCCUUCACAAGAACUUUAUCAAGAUCGAACGACCAAAGGACGACCCUGGCAAGGGAAACUACUGGGGCAUUGAACCCGGCACUGAAUUCCAGUUCCUCAAGGAAAAGCCGACUCGGAAAUCUGUCCCGACUGGAGAGAACCUCCCUGUCAUGUCCACCCGCCUCGAACCAUCUCGACCAACGCCAGCACUAAUGCCCGAGCCCUCGCUUCCACCUCCGGCCCCAAUGCAUCACCAGCAUCAUCACCAGCACGUCAACGGCCUUCCUCCUCUUCCGACGUCUCAGGCAACCUUGUCAUUGCCUCUGGAGCCGUCAUCAGAUGCUACCAUUCUCGUAUCGGACAAUGCGCCUGCUGAUGACCUGGCCGACAAGGGUCCUGACAACGAACUACCACUGGAAUCAUCCUUCUUCUCACCCCUACCUGCUGCUUUGCAUUCCACCCCACCCGUGCCCCGGGCAGAGCGACGGAAUGGCACACCGCCUCCCAUGAACCGCAAUCCUGCCUCAUCCGCUACUCGAACUCAUAAGCGCAAAUUCGCAUCCAUGGAUGACAGUGGCUACAUCUCCUCCCUAGAAUCAUCUGCAAUGCGACCGAAUGCGGCCAGGUCAGCUUUCUUUACAUCUGAACCUGAUCGACGUCGCAUCAAACGUGGUCGCGCCGAGGAGGAGAUUGCACGACUACGAGGAUCAUCACCUUUCAGCCCGACCAAGAGCCGGCCAUUCUCCAGCUAUGGACUUAACUCAUCAUCGCCUUUCCGACAGUCUAGCGACAAUCAGAUGCCCCCUCCUUUAACCCCUGUCGUUAAAAAGGUCAAGGCCAUUAUCCAAGCACCACCUUCAGUUUCUCCCAACACCAACCUACGCAUUCACCGCGCCAAAGUUCGCCACAUGCUGCAGUCUCCUUUGCGGAGAGUGGCCAACCUUACCAACGACGACAGCUUACCUUGGAGCCCCGCUUUUCGCCUAGACGACAACAUCUUUAGCUUUGAUACGCCCAAUGCCAGCAAUCUGCCCGAUUUCGACAUCUUCCAAGAUCUGCCAGUGGAUGAUGAGAAUGUGUUUGACAGCCUCGGCCCAGCAGAUACUGGUUCACCCGUUAAACGAUCUGUUAAGCGCGCUCGCCUUGAUCGGUCUAUUUCCUCGUCAGCCAUCGGAGAGAUGUCAGCUUCUAAGAAGCUUCUCGCAUCAGCGCCUCUGCUCAAAGCUCCUGAUACGCCAUCUCAAUUUCUGGAAACACCGAGCAAGGUCUUUGAGGGCCUAAGCUCUCCCUCCAAGCUCUUUCAAGAAUCGCCCAUCAGGGGUGCUUCACCAAGCAAAUUUGCUUCCUUGCUUGAGCUCCCAGGUGAUGGCGACUGGCCAUCUCUUCACAUGGAUCCUAAUGACUUUGCUCCGGGCGCCGGUUCUGAUGGGUCAGAUUUUACUGGUCUUGAUAUCCUUCAAGGUUUCGAGAGAAUUGGAUCAGGCUCACAGCAGCCAUCUAAAGGCGUUAACAAGAGUGCAAAACCUGCACUCGGUCGAAGCUUUUCAACAACAUUCUAAAAAAAAGGGGGGGGGGGCUUACAACCAAAAUUUGGCGUUUACGAAGGGGAGAAUGAUUACGAUACCUUUUUUUUAAUGACAUAAUGAAGACAGAAGAAGAAACGCCACAAAAUAAGAACGACCAACUGUUCUUUUCCUUCUUGCAUGUCUACCUUAUUUUAUAUCAUGAGCAAAGCUUCUUCCACACGACUACAACGAUGAUUACUGGUGUUUUGACGCAGAGCGAGGUUGAAUUUUAGAUACGACGGGGUUCGCAAUUCUGCGUGCAAAAUCCCACCCCCCCUUUGGGCUUCACGGCUUGCUUCUUACGGGUAACGAUGAUUCUGAGUACAUAGUAUACCAUUCUUUCUUUUCUUGUUCACUCUCCUUAUUUUUUGCGGCAUUGGAAUACGACUACAGCUGAUUCC